UUCUCUUCUCGAGUUCAUGAAGCGUCAGUCUUCUCCUUACAAAAAAAUGGUAGUGAUGAGCGUCACAGCGGAAUCGAUCAUUCCGUGCGGAUCCGUGCAUUGAGCUGUCAAAAUAUGACCCAAGCAGCAAAUUCUCCUAAACAAAAUGUAUGAUAAAUUCAAAUCCAAACAGAUGGGAAGUGUGUUAUGGUGGCAUCGAAACCACAAAAUAAUGAUUCAACGACUAGUGCUGCCAAACCGAUUUUGCACGAGCAGUUGCUGCAAGAGCUAAAUGCUCCGCUACAUUCAGCCACGACUUUGGGUAAUUCCAAAACGGCAUCUUCUUGUUCCAUCCCGAGCAUGCCAAACAAGCAAAAACAAGUACAAUAUAAAGUAUCAAGAUCGCAAUCAAUCGGGACUCAAACGAUGUCUGUUGUUGAUGACAACUCGUGUCUGAGUAUAAUCUUAAAAAAAUUUACCGAAAUUCAAUACGAACAACAACAGACGAAUAAAAAGCUAGUAGACAUGGAAAAACAGAUAAAGCUGAUGCGUUCUGAGCUAGAUAUAGUAGCUGAUCGAGUUGCUCCUAGCGUAGGGAUUGUACGUGCAACUAGCUUUGAAUUUGAGCCUGUUGGUACCAAAGACGAACUAGACGAUCUGGAGCUUCAAUUAGUAGACAACGAUUUUAAAAAUAAGAUGGAAGCAUUUGUGGAUGCCCGGCUACCAACAGAUAGUGUGGAUGCGCGACUUCAUGCAAGCAUGGAUAUUCUUUUCAAAAGAGAGUUUGUGGUAAAUAUCAGUUGGUCUGGUAUAGGUCAUCCAAACCCAAAAAUUCCUUUCAAUAAUUAUAAAAAUAUAUUAAAAUUCUAUAAAUAUAAAGGCACAUGUCAGGGACUUAUCCCUACGGACCAGAAAAUUAAAGAAGUUUGACAAAAUAAGUUUAGGCAUAGUAAGCAACGGUUAGAAUUAGUAGGAUUAGUGAAAACUUCGCAUCAUAGACAUAAGAAGUAUUAAUCAGUUAGGAAUAGUUUUAAUAAUGUUAAUACUUAUAAAUGAGCUAUUACGAAUUUAUGUACGUACUGAAAAAAAAUCGUUUUAUAGAAU